AUGUCUGGAAAAAUCACUGUUUUUAUCAGCAGCGUUACGUCAAGUAUGGAGGUUCGUAAACAUCAGAUGAAGAUUCAGGAUGUGUUGUCGGGUGCUAAGAUAGACCAUGAAGUUGUCGAUGUUUCCGCAAACAAAGAGGACCUGUCCAGAAUGAGAGAUAUUGUUGGAGACUCUCAUGCUCUGGCACCCCAGAUAGUCAACGGAGAUAAUUACUGUGGGAAUUACGAGGCUUUUGAUGAGGCAGUAGAGAACAAGACGCUAAAGGAGUUUCUCAAGCUCUAA